UUCAUUUGUGCUGUGGGGAAAACAGAAACUUUCUGUUUUGGCGGUACUCGCUCGACAUUUGAAGUGCAGGACAGCGCGUCUCAUGGCUCCUAAAAGCAUAAAGACGGAAAUCUGCCAUAUUCUCACUGAACUGAGGGGCAAAGAUUUCGAAAAGUUCUGUUUUCAUUUGACUGACAGCUCAGAGGAGCCGCGCAUCAGAGCAGGAGAAGUGGAGGGCAAGUCCCGCGAGGACAUCACGACGCUCCUGGUGUCCCGGUGCACAGGGGCCGGAGCUCUGCACAGGACCAUCACUACUCUGAGACACAUCGGCUGCAACGAGGAGGCGCAGGAACUGGAAUGCAGAAACACUUCUCGUCUGGAUGUGCGUUCACAGGGGGUGAUGGACGCGCCGCUCAAUAAGAAGAAGCACAGAGAUCCUGAGCAGCCUGCAGAGCCCCUCAGCGUGUGGGCCAACGGUGUGACCUCAGCGAAAAUGACCCGGGCAAAACAGACCCAGAGCAAAGUGGAAAAGAGUUCCACAGAUGAGCCGAAGCUUUCAGGAGACCUACUGCUGUUUGGCAAACACAGAGGCAAAAGCUUUGAGUGGCUCUUGCAGAAAUAUGAAGCCUACGCAGUGUAUGUGGUGGCCACUCACCUGAAAGAGCGAGAGGAUGGAGACACGACUCAGACUGAACUCAUGAGGAACAAGGACGCUCUGGCUGAGUAUGUGAGCUGCUUUCCAAAUGUGAUGGAGGAGGUUCACUUUUACAGAGAAGGACUGGCUCCUCUUGGAUUUGGAAAAUAUGAAAAAGUCACUCGCCAGGAUUUGUACAACUCUGAAGACGAGAUGGAGAAGAGGUAUAUGAAGUGGCUACGCUCCCUGGAGGGCACAGGGAACGGAGCUCACAUGGAGCGUGUUCUGAAGUACAUCUCACACCGCGAUGCUAAGGGCGGUACCUGCCCCUGCUCCAGCUUUAAACACAAACCAACGAGAAGAUCGCCACGAAGGGGAGAACAAUCAGGCACCAGAUUCAUUCCUGUUGUAAAGAAACAGUGGCUCUGAUGAAGUUACCAACUUAAGCUUUUUAGAAUUAGAUUUGCACUGCUUUUCUAUGUGAUCAUUGCUUACACCAGAAAGAAAUUUAAAGAAAUUCAAACAUUUGCUAAGAAAAUGCUGAGUUUGUUUGGCUCUCGGUUAUGAACUUUAAAAAGAACCGUGCGAGGACAAGACUGACUUACCUGCGUGACGUUUUGCAGAUCCAAACCACCGUCUUUGAGCCAGACCGGGCCUAUUUACUACAGUCCAGAUCUCAGUUUCAGUCCAGUCUCAGUUUUUUAUUUGUUUGGUGAAUAAAUGUGAAAAUCUCAGUGAAUUUACUUUAUUGUGAUAAUCAAAACCACAGAGUAAAUGUUCACUUUUUCAUAUUUAUAAUCUGUGUAUAAUUCAUUUUGUUUUGGAAGGUGAAAGCCAUUUGCAAUAAAAAGUAAAAAUAAUUAAAUAGUUCAUGUGCAUUUAAUAUUAAUGGUUCAAAGAAUGAUCAGGGUGAAUGUUCGGCCCCUGCACAUUUUCACCUCACCAAAUCUGGCCCUCUGUGCAAGAAGUUUGGACACCCCUGUCUUACACUUUUGUCUGUCUCUAUCAUGUGCUGU